AUCCUGGCUAGGCACAAAUCUAAAUUCUGAGCCCGGAUUCUCGGGGGAGGACGAAGGAGGAGUGGAGUGCUGCUGCCUGUACAUACACAUACCAGGUACACUAGGAAGGGCAUAAUCCAUCCUUGUACCCCAGGUCUCAGGCUAGGCCCUGGCAUCACUGCCAGCUCAUCUUUCCUAAGAAUCUGAGGGUAGAAUGGGGUCCCUGUCACUCUGCCCCACUGCAUUACUCAGCAGCUGCAGCCUGGCCUCCAAAGUCUGUCUCCUUAAUGUGGAAUGCAAGGCAUGGUCUACUGGAUUGACUGAACCUGGCUCACCUGCUUUUUGGAAAUGCCUGCAUGCCCUAGCCAUUAUGAGCAGGGCAGCACAACAGAACAGAGCUUUGCCUUUUUUAACCUGAACUCUGCAUCUCUCUGUUCCAGGGACUUUGAAUAUGUCGGGGAUCGCCCUCAGCAGACUCGCCCAGGAGAGAAAAGCUUGGAGGAAAGACCACCCAUUUGGAUUUGUGGCUGUCCCUACCAAGAACCCCGACGGCACAAUGAACCUGAUGAACUGGGAGUGCGCCAUCCCAGGGAAGAAGGGGACUCCGUGGGAAGGAGGCUUGUUCAAGCUGCGGAUGCUUUUCAAAGAUGAUUAUCCAUCCUCACCACCAAAAUGUAAAUUUGAGCCGCCACUCUUCCACCCAAAUGUGUACCCCUCGGGCACAGUGUGCCUGUCCAUCCUGGAGGAAGACAAAGACUGGAGGCCAGCCAUCACGAUCAAACAGAUCUUAUUAGGAAUACAAGAACUUCUAAAUGAACCAAAUAUCCAAGACCCCGCGCAAGCAGAGGCUUACACGAUCUACUGCCAAAACAGAGUGGAAUAUGAGAAAAGGGUUCGAGCACAAGCCAAGAAGUUUGCACCCUCGUAAGCAGCGGCCCUGUGGCUCUGCAGAAAGGAAGGGAUUGGUUUGGCAAGAACUCGUUUACACCUUUUGCAAAUCUAGAGUCGCUCGUAUGGUCACUAGUCACCUGGGAGGGCUGGGCGGGCGCCAUCUCCAUUCCCGCCACUGGCAUACAGUUUUCAUCGCUGAAUCACCCCGUUUUCAUACAGGGUCUCUUCCUUCAGUCUUUUGUAUUUUUGAUUGUUAUGUAAAACUUGCUUUUAUUUUAAUAUUGAUGUCAGUAUUUCAACUGCUGUAAAAUUAUAAACUUUUAUACUUGGGUGAGUCCCCUAGGAGCUAGUCCUCUGCUCUCGGAGGCAGGCAUGAUUCCCACCACUCAGAGCUGCCUGUAUCCUCUAGCUGGCUGUACGAAAACAAAAUCACUUGCCCCUCCCGCCCCUCAUUCAGUCUCCUCAGAACCUGGGCUGUGUUGCUUAUGAGCCUCAGAUCCAAAGUCAGCUAGUGUCUCGAUUCUGCAUCACUUCCUUUGUGUUUAUAUGGCGUUUUGUCUGUGUUGCUGUUUAGAGUAAAUAAACUGUUUAUAUAAAG